AUGUUCAAAAGUAUUAGAACAGCAAGAAGUUUCUACACAUCAAUGUCUGCGUCGCAAGUGAAAUUCGCGGCACCAAAAGAGCUACCCAAGGUUUUGGAAAGCCGGAGGCCAAAGCAAAGCCCCGAAAUUGACUAUUCUACUCUAUCUAACUAUAGGAGCUUCGAAGUACAGCAUUCGGCUUUAGACUUGCACAUAUCCUUUCAGCACAAGUCUAUCAGUGGUAAGGUGCGCUAUGACAUGCGUUGUCUGAAGAAAGAAAAUCAAAUUUGGCUUGACACUUCCUUUUUAGAUGUUUCCAAGGUGUGUAUUGACGGAAAUCCAGUCGAAUUCAAAGUGGAACACAGAAAAGAGCCUCUUGGUUCUCGCCUAGUGGUGAAUUACCAAGGCACUUUGCCUGAAGUGUUCAAACUUACAUGUGGUUUUUCGACCACGGAAAAAUGCACUGCCCUGCAGUGGCUCGAGGGGCAUCAAACCUCUGGAAAACCUUAUGUCUUCUCGCAAUUGGAGGCAAUCCACGCACGCUCGCUGUUUCCAUGCUUUGAUACACCUUCCGUGAAAUCGACUUACAGCGCUAAUAUCACGUCUCCCUUGCCUACUGUAUUCUCUGGCAUUGCGGCUCCCACGGACAAACCUGGCGAGACAUAUUGCUUUGCUCAAGAUAUUCCUAUCCCGGCGUACUUAAUUGGAAUUGCUUCCGGAAACUUGGUGUCGGCAGAUGUGGGGCCUCGGUCAAAAGUUUACACUGAACCAUUCCGUCUGGAAGAUGCCCAAUGGGAGUUCGAUGGUGAUGUCGAAAAGUUCAUCCAAGCUGCUGAAAGUAUCAUUUAUAAGUACGAGUGGGGCACCUAUGAUAUUUUAAUCAACCCAAACUCAUACCCCUAUGGAGGUAUGGAAUCUCCAAACAUGACAUUUGCAACACCUACACUGAUUGCACAUGACAAAAGUAAUGUGGACGUUAUUGCGCACGAAUUAGCGCAUUCCUGGUCGGGAAACUUAGUCACUAACUGUUCGUGGGAUCAUUUUUGGUUAAAUGAAGGUUGGACCGUAUACUUAGAGAGGAGGAUAAUGGCUGCUAUUCAUGGAGAGCCUUCUCGUCAUUUUAGUGCUCUUAUCGGCUGGAAUGAUCUUGAAAACUCUAUAAGUUCCAUGAGGAAUCCAAAUAGAUUCUCUACGCUUGUUCAGAACCUGAAAGAUGGAACAGAUCCUGAUGAGGCAUUUUCUACUGUGCCAUACGAAAAGGGCUCUACAUUUUUACUGUAUCUGGAGAAUUUGGUGGGAGGUAAGGAGGCCUUCGACCCAUUUAUUAAGCACUAUUUCAAAAAAUUUGCUCGCCAAUCCCUCGAUACCUGGCAGUUCUUGGAUACGUUGUUCGAGUUCUACGCGGACAAGAGGUCCCUGCUGGAGAGCGUUGAUUGGGAAACAUGGCUAUUUACACCGGGCAUGCCACCUAAACCUAAACUUAUCACCACCUUAGCUGACGAGGUCUACGAAUUGGCCGACAAGUGGGUGUCGAACGCUCCGGUGUGUCACUCCCAGGAGGACUUCAAGAAGAUUUUCUCUGCAGAUGAUGUCGUAAAGUUUAACUCGAAUCAAAUGGUUUUAUUGUUUGAUACGCUAGUGCAAGGAAGCCCCUCCGUUCAAUCGAAAAAUAUUGACUGGUCACAAAAUCAGAUUGCUGCGCACUCUUUGCUCAAUAUCUACCGCCAAAAAUCAGUCGAAUCUCAAAAUGCUGAGGUCGUGUUUCGGGUUUUCCGGUUCGAGGUGAACGCAAGAAUUAGCCAGUCAUACUCUAAAUUGGCCGAAUGGCUUGGAACCGUCGGAAGAAUGAAGUUUGUACGCCCUGGCUACCGUCUCUUAAAUUCGGUUGAUAGAGAGCUCGCACUCAACACGUUCGAAAAAUUCAAAGAUAUAUACCACCCCAUCUGCCGGGCCAUGGUUAAACAAGACCUGCGCAUAUAA